UCCAUCUGCUCCCAACCCACGAAAAGCAGCUACACAGCUGAACCCAUUAAUGCCUUGACCAUGGCAAAAAUCAACGAUUCAACAUCUCCAUCCGCGGCACCUCGGCCCACGAAGAAGGGUGGUGGAUUAAAAGAAAGCAUCGUCAUCAUUAUUGGCGCGUUGGUAUUUUUAUUUAUGUGUAAUCAAAUGCCGUCUUCGCCAUCUUGGACCACCCGAGACCACAAACCAAAACCACAGGGCGCCAGCGUCCCUGACACCGACUGGAACGCCAUCACGCCCAGCGAAAAGCUGACAUGGGUUCCGUGCUACCGCCACCUCCCACUCGGGCUGUUAUGUGCACGCCUCACAGUGCCCAUGGACUACAGCCGUCCACUCAAAGCCUCGUCGGCUAACCCCAAGGUUCACAUUGCCCUGGUCAUGCUUCCCGGCAAGGGCCAUUCGAUCUGCGAUCCGGCCAGCAACUUCUCUGUUUCGCCAUUGAUCGUCAACCCCGGUGGCCCAGGUGGCUCCGGCGUGCAGGCCGUACUUGCGGCAGGGCCAAAGUUGUCGGCAAUCGUCAGCUCGGACCGUGACGUCGUGAGCUUCGAUCCUCGCGGAGUUGGCUUCACCUGGCCCCCUGCAGACUGUUUUCUGGACGACUACGGUGUCGACAACCCGCCCACCUUGGUUGAGCGCAACACGGCGCUGCUUCACAGACUGACCUAUGUGCUCCAGCUUGUCGAGAUUGGGCUGGCCAACUCUUCGGACAAGUCCUUGGGGCAAUAUGCCACCAGGAUGAAGGGUCUGAACAAUCUUUGCGGGAAAAAAGAUGGGCGUGAUAGUAUCCUCAGACAUAUCGGCACCCCGAAUGUUGCCAGGGAUUUGCUGAGUAUAGUAGAGGCCUGGGACUUGUGGAUGGACGAGAGAGCCAAGGCCCGGCCGCCUCAAGAUGACAGUGCCAAAAAGCUCGUCCCAUCAGUCAAGCCAUCUGAGGACCCCCGACUUGACACGCGCGGCAAGUUGGUGUACUGGGGUUUCAGCUAUGGCACAGUCCUAGGGGGCACCUUUGCUUCCAUGUUCCCCGACAAGGUUGGCCGUAUGGUACUCGAUGGUGUUGUAAGUCUGGAUAUAUACCGCAAAAACGAAAUUGCUGCCUUCAUAACAGACGCAGAUGCAGUUUUCAACUCCUUUUUCAGGUACUGCUACGAGGCUCGCGAGAAAUGCUUCUUUUACCGCCCGGGUCAGGAGCCCAAAGACCUGAAGCAGCGAUACAAUAACAUCAUGUCGAAACUGGAGAAAGAACCCUUGAUCGUGACCUCUACCGAUGUGCGGAUGCCAAUCGUUGUUCGGGCCAGUGACAUCCACACUGUUGUGUUCAGGUGGUUGAGCGUGCCCACGACAGCAUUCCCCGUGCUUGCCCUCCUACUGGGCUUCAUUGAGCUGGAAUUGGACCUCGCAAGGCUUGUGAUCCCACCGGAUCUGAGUCCAGUUUGCUCUACAAGAUUUCAGGCGGUAGAACAACCCAACGAUGCCCGUUUGGGUAUAAUCUGCAGCGAUCUGCGGUUCAAUUGGAAUGAGUCUUUAGCCGACUUGCGAGAAUCUUUCGAGAAGCUGGCCGAGACCUCUAAGUUUGCUGACUAUUGGGCGUUGCAAAUGGCAGGAUGCAACGGGUGGAGAAUAAAUCCUGUCGACCCUCCCGACUUCGACCUAGACACGACGAUGCCACAGGAAGGCGGGCCAGCCAUCAAAACGGCGUUCCCCAUCCUCUUUGUUUCCAACACAUUUGAUCCUGUCACGCCAAUGCAGAAUGGGCUCGCCAUGAGCCGCCGCUUCGUCGACGCUGGGUUUCUGGAGCAGCAGAGCGAAGGCCACUGCUCCAUUGCAUCUGUAUCCUUAUGCACCAUGUGCAAAAUUAAGGCAUACUUGAACGACGGCGUGGUCCCCCCUCCACCCAAAUUCUCUGGGGAUGGUGAUGUCAUCCAAGCAACACCAAAGGGUGACUGGGAUAGGUGUAAGCCCGACGAAUACCCUUGGAAGCCGUUUGGCGGAAAACCCAGCAGCUCAAUGAGAUUAAAUCCUGAUAUGCGCUUCGCGAAGGCGUGGAGAGAAAUGCGAGGUGGCAUCAACGUUGAUAUUUCUAUCUUGGGACCAAGACAAGACUCUGGCCCUCUUCAAAAGCUGCUGGAUAUGAGCCUCGAUGCCCUGGAGGACAAGUUAACCCAACUGAUUACUGCGAACGAAAGAUCCAGGCAAGGCUGGUCCUGGUGAGCGAGAACUGCAAGCUUACCAAGAAUGGGAUUAUGGGCUCUUCAGGAUAUUGGGUAUUCGCGCAGAUAUGAUGAUGAUAAACCGCUGCAACUUCGCAGCAGAGAGACUCUUGAAAACACAGACGUGCAGAUAUUUGCUGUGGCUGUGAGACGUCGUCAUUGUUCGGGCUUUUGUGCUGAAAUCACAGCGCUGGAACAAGACAGAAACUGUCAGACUUUGCAGAAAAGGCCACAUAAAAAUCAAAAGGACAUAAUUCGGAAACUUACAUGGGAUAGUAAACAUGCAUAUUGGUGUUGCGAAUGUCCUUUCGUACAUCCACGAGGAAAAGCUCAACCUGUUCCUUUGUCCAGC